AUGCGCGUCAACAACCUGAUGCCAUCAAUAGCGCGUCAGCUGCAGACGCAGCGCAAGAUGCCGUCGGCAAUGGGCGCGCUAUGUGCACCACAUCUCCAUCCCUCGAGCACGAUGCAUGUGCGCUCUAUGGGCGUGUUUUCCAGCCUCAAGGAGACGGUAUCGAGCAAACUGGAGGAGCGCAGUCAGCACAAACAGGAGGAGGCGUACAAACAGCAGAUGAUUGAGCUCUCGCAAAAGGACAAGUUUGAUCUGAACGGGUUUUACGACCACCUAAAAAAAAAUGCUGAAGCUAGUGGCGCCAGCGGCUGGCGAUCGAUGAUCCCUGGCGUGUCAACGAUGAGUGCCGUUCAGCAGAUGAAAGCGUUCAUGGCCAUCGUGGAGUCUAUGGAUCCGGAGUAUCGUGAAAACCCUCGUCUCAUUAACGGCAAAGUCAAGAGGCAGAUCUCGGAGAAAGUCGGUCACUCCCCGGAAGAGAUCAACAACAUGCUGCGCAACUAUGAACAGCUGUCUGCUCUCCACCUUUGGCUCUUGAAACGAGCGGCACGUGGUCUCCGUAUUCCCGAGACGCUGGACGAGACCACGGAACUCGUGCGUCAAGACCCGACGGGUUUUCCUACCAAGAAAUUCAGGGCGAAACAGCGUCGCUACUGA